GGCUUCAUGGGGCGGCUGGGCUGGGGGGGCCACUUCGGGGGGCUGGCGGCGCGGCUGGACGGCGCCUUCGGGGCCGACGGCGCCUUCGCCCACGACCGCCUGCGCUUCGUGGACUUCGUGGACGACGUGGAGGAGAUGCUGGAGGAGCUGGCGCGGCGGGAGGGGGGCGACGAGGAGGCGGCCGACGGCUUCGAGGACUUCGUGCGGCGGCACUACGCCGGGGACGGCGGCGGCUCCACCGGGAAGGAGCGGGGCCGGAAAGCCUGGCGGCAGCCCGGGGGGGGCAGAUAGAGCCGUGGUGCGCGGGGGGGGGGCACACCCCGCUGCCAGCCUUCGUCCGGCGCAACAGCCCCGUGCCCGCCCUGGGGGGGUGGGGGGGGGGGCUCCCCUGGGCCGUGGUUGGGGUCUGGGGGCUACCUCGUGCCCCGUGGGGGCCACGGGCCCCCGAGUCGCUGCACUGUGUGACGCCGCACUGCUGGGGAUGCAAUAAAGUCACCGCUGGGCA